AUGUUUGCUGGUAAGCUGGGUGUAUCCUGCGCGUUUGCAGUCAUUUGGAUUUAUGCUUCUGAAUUGUUUCCAACUGUCGUCAGGACGAAUGCAGUUGGUCUCGGAUCGAUGGCUGGAAGAAUAGGGGGAAUCGUUUCUCCCUUUAUCCUCGAAAUCGGUGGCUCUAUCCCCUGGCUUCCGCCCCUUAUUUUCGGGACUGUCUGCAUAACGGCCGGCAUUUCUCUGUUACUGCUGCCAGAGACGUUGGGAAUGUCAAUGCUGAAUACGAUACCUGAUGCAAAUGAGUUUUACCUAAAGAAGACGAAGAAACAAUCAACAAUUUGA